AUGUGCGAACUCAAUAUAUUUGAAGACCUUGAAGAGCGAGACGACGUCGUGGGCUUCUAUCGCGAUGAACUCGGGAAUGCGAUGCCCAACUUGUGCAUUACCUCGAAAGACACAAACAAGAAAAAGGGCAGGGCAACAAUGAAUGCGUUGGGAGAAAUGAUGAUCUACUCGCUGACCAACUAUGGCCGACCGGAUGUGCGCGCUCUCGAAGACAUUUGCUCUGCCGCGUUCAACGUUCCGAUCGUCGACACGUACAUCGAUCAGCUGCACGACGAGGGUUUGAGUCGUAAGUCUACUAAAGCGAUCCGUCGCGAAACGGGGCAAGCCCUCCGACGGUGGAAAAACGUCGACCACAUUACUGGCGUUCCGGUCAGAGCAAACAGCUGCAACCUUCGACUCCAUCCCAAAUCGUGGCAGCCGAAGUCAAUCCACCGUAGCAAACAGGACUGUAGUGAAUGA